AUGGCAGGCAGCAACGAGAUGACCAUCAACCUUGUCGUUCUUGGAGGAACUCAGACUGGCAAAAGUGCUGCUGGGAACAGCCUGCUGGGCAGCUCAGACUUUGAGAGUCAUCUCUCCCCAAGGUCUGUGACAACAUGCUGCAGCCUUGGACGCAGCUGCCGCAUUUCAAGGAUUAUACGAAGAAAUGGCUGUGAGCUAGCUCUCCGUGUUCGAGUACUUGACACACCAAGCUACCCUCACAGUGAUCUGAGCAAAGAGCAGGUGAGAGACAUAGUGAGAUCAGCCCUGGCUCACCACUUCGGGGAGGAAGGCCUGCAUCUAGCUCUCUUGGUCCUGAGGGCUGACUUGCCUCUGUGUCCAGAUGAAAGUGAUCACACUACUCAAUUCCUCCAGGAACUUCUGGGUCCCACAUGGAAGGAUUUCACCGCAGUUCUGUUUACUCACACAGACAAGACAGAAGAGGCUGGAUUCAGUGAGGAAGAAUACUUGCACAGUGCCUCAAGUACCCUGUUGUCACUUUUGAGCUCAGUACAGCAUAAAUACAUUUUCCUAAACAACCAGAAGAGCAUAAUUAAAGAGGAAAGAGCUAUCGUGUUAAGAAAGCUCUUGAAUUUUAUAAGACAAAAUAAUUAUCAAGUGCUUCUACUUCAACACAGCAAGAAAUAA